AUGACCACCAUCAACCUCGGCACUGUUUUCAAGGGCUCCGAAUCGGGCAAGGUCGUCAAGGCGCAGGGCGCCGACCGCACCGUGAACCCACGCGAUGUGGUGAUCGACAUCACCCACUCGGGUUUGUGCUACACCGACGUGCACUACCUCAAGAAGGACAUGGUGCUCGGUCACGAAGGUGUCGGCAUCGUUUCGCAGGUGGGCCCCGAGGUCAAGGACUUCAAGAAGGGCGACCGCGUCGGAUGGGGCUACAACCACGGCUCGUGCGGCACCUGCAAGUUCUGCAAGAAGGGUCGCGACACCAACUGCUACAAGAACCAGAUGUACGCCAGCGCCGAUCUCGACCAGGCCUCGUUCGGUGACAAGUUUGUCAUCACCGAAGAGUUCUGCCACCUCAUCCCCGAGGGUCUCGAGCUCAAGCACGCCGCUCCUCUCCAGUGCGGUGGUGCUACCGUGUUUGGUGCCAUGCACGACGCCGGCGUCACCUCGAACGACCGUGUCGGCGUGAUCGGCAUCGGCGGAUUGGGACACCUCGCGAUCCAAUUCCUCAACAAGAUGGGCUGCGACGUUGUCGUCUUCUCGGGCUCCGAGAACAAGAAGGACGAGGCGAUCAAGCUGGGCGCACACGAAUUCGUGGCGGCCAAGACCAACCCCAAGCUGGAAGGUGUCAAGCCCGUCGACGUCUUGAUCGUCACCACCAGCGCUCAGCCCGACUGGAAGACGUACCUCAAGGUGCUCGAGAAGGACGCCACCAUCAUCCCCCUUUCGGUGGACGGAGGCGACUUUGUGUUCCCCUACAUGCCCAUCAUCGGCAAGCAGCUCAAGGUGCAGGGAUCGCUCGUCGCUACGCGAGCGGUUCACGCCAAGAUGCUCGAGUUUGCCGCUCGUCACGGCAUCAAGCCCAUGAUCGAGGAGGUGCCCAUGACCGAGGACGGCAUCAACCACGCCGUCGAACGCCUCAAGAAGGGCGACGUCCGAUACCGAUUCGUCGCUGUUUCGCAGACCAACAAGGUCAACGCUGCCAACCUUUGA